UGGAAUGAAUGUUGUAGAUAGAGAAAUUACAUUUGACGACUUAGUUAAAAAUGUUAUAUUGCUAGGAAUUGUCGGUAUCGAGGAUCCAUUGAGAGAUGGAGUACGUGAAGCCGUGCAAGAUUGUAAUAGAGCAGGUGUAAAAGUUCGUAUGGUCACUGGUGACAACAUCAUGACAGCUAAAUCAAUCGCUACGCAAUGCGGGAUUUAUACUGAUGGUAUUGUGAUUGAAGGUCAUGAGUUUCGUAAUUUAUUACCGGAUGAAAUGAAUACUGUGGUACCUAAUUUGCAAGUUUUGGCGAGAUCUAGUCCACAAGAUAAAAAAAUUUUGGUAGAAAAACUUCGAGAAUUAGGAGAAGUUGUCGCGGUAACAGGUGAUGGUACAAAUGAUGGACCUGCAUUGAAAGCAGCAGAUGUAGGAUUUUCUAUAGGUAUAGCAGGUACAGAAGUUGCAAAGGAAGUGUCCUCGAUUGUAUUGAUGGAUGAUAAUUUUUCAAGUAUUGUGAAAGCAAUUAUGUGGGGACGUAGUGUAAAUGAUUCAGUUAAAAAAUUCUUACAAUUUCAACUUACAGUGAAUUUGACGGCUGUACUAUUAACAUUUAUAUCGGCAGUUUCUAGUGAUCAACAAGAAGCGAUAUUAUCGGCGGUACAAUUAUUAUGGAUUAAUCUAAUAAUGAAUACACUCGCUGCUUUAGCAUUGGCCACUGAUCCACCGACACCUGAUUUAUUAAAACGUAAACCCGAAGCUAGAUCAGCAUCAUUGAUUUCUUUAGAUAUGUGGAAAAUGAUACUUGGACAAUGUGCAGUUCAAUUAAUAGUUACGUUGAUUCUGUUGUACUGUGGGAAUGAUAUAUUGCAUUACGAUACACCCGAAGAAAGGUCUAGUUUACCAACGAUAAUUUUUAAUACUUUCGUUUUCCUUCAAAUAUUCAAUGAAAUUAAGUUAAGUUAUCGUCCAAUUAAUUAUAGUUACUUAUAA